GGGUUAAACUAUUGCGCGCGCGCCCCUCGCGCCUCGAGAGCGACACACACGCGCACACACCAGCACGCGCAGCGGCAUCGCAGCUGCUAGCUCCGCCGAGCUCCCACGCCCGCCCAUGGCCAUCGUCGCCGCGGCGCCGUUCCGGGAGGCGCCCGACGACGUCGUGGACGAGAUCCUGCUCCGCCUGCCGUGCCCCUCCUCCCUCAUGCGCGCCGCCGCGGCCUGCGCCUCGUUCCGCCUCCUCGUCUCCUCCCCGCGCUUCCUCCGCCGCCACCGCGCGCUCCACCCGGACGCGGCGGCGCCCUUCCUCGGGGUCUUCUCCUCGGUCCCCGCGCCCGGCGAGUCGGGGGCCGCCUUCCACCCCUCCGACCCGCCCCAUCCGGCCGCGGCGGCCGCGCGCGACGUCGCCGGUGCCGCGGACUUCUCCUUCGCGUUCCUCCCGACGCCGCCCGACGCCGAGCGCCCCGGUUGGCUCGUCCGGGACUACUGCGACGGGCGCUUCCUCCUCGACCGGGCGUCCUCCUGCUCCGCCUUCGACAGCGACAUCGUCACGGAUCUCGCCGUCUGCGACCCCGUGUCCCGCCGCUACGUCCUGCUCCCGCCCAUCCCAGAGGACCUCGCCGCCAGCGCCGACAACCCGCUCGGCGUCCUCGGCGGCCGGCGCUGGUGCGAGCCCUUCCUCGCGCCGGCCGACGCCGAGGGGGGCAAGGACGAGGAGGAGCCCUCGUUCGUGGUGAUUUGGACGGCGCGGUGCCCGAGGAAGGUCGUGGCGCUCGCCUUCUCGUCGCGGGACGGGCGGUGGCGCGCGCUCCCGUCGCCGGACUGCUUCGUCUGGAGGCGCCACCGGUCGCCCUUCUCCUGCCCGGUGCACGCGGUCUGGAACCGGCGGCACUACGCGCACGGCCGCUUCUACUGGGCGGACUGCCUCACCAACCGCUGGCUGGUGCUCGACAUCGGCGCCAUGGAGCUCUCCGUCCAGGAGGUCCCUGCGCCGGCCAGGUUCUGGGAAGAGAACGUCGCCGUCGUGGAAGGCGCGAACGGCGAAGUCGGCGUGUUCGCGCACGAAUUCUACCACGCCAACGGCAACGCCAACCUCAACUACUACACGAUCCCGCGCGACGCCGACGGCGCGGCGAAGUCGUGGCGGCUCGAGAAGACGAUCCCGCUGCCGUGGUCGACGGCGCACGGCCGGCCGUUCUGCAUUCGCGGCGCGGCCAACGGGUGCUUGAUCAUUGAAGUCAACCAAGACUCGCCGCGGCCGUUCAUGUCGUCGAGCCACGACAGCCGGGACGUCGAGCUGUUUAAGAUCGACGUCGGGCGCCUCGAGCUGGAGAGAGUCUGCCGGGCGCGGUGCUCCGGCGGCGUCAGCGACGGCUGGUGGCCGUACUUUGGCUUCCCGCCGUUGCUGAGCUUGCCAACUGUUUGAGUGGUAUCGCCAAAUACUUUCGGGAAAUUCUCAAAUUCCGCAGGUGUAUGUAGUACUGGUGUGGAACGAAUGUAACUGGAGGCGACAGUUUGUAUUGGUCUUGGUAUAUAAGAAUAUUCAGAAAUACAGUGCAGGAGUGCAGUUCGUACAGCAAA